AAAAAAAAAAAAAAAAAAAAAAAAAAACGACCCCGCGUUUUGUUUGACGCGGCCACUAGAACAAAACAAUUCUUGGCGCACGCUGUUUUCUUCUUUUUUUUUUUCUGAAGCGAGAAUUCCCACGAUAAUUAGCACUCAUUCUUCAGUGCCUCGAGGUGGCGCCACUUUUUCCCAUCCCAUCGGGUCUCGUAUUGGGUGACUGGUUACGAAAUACUAUUUCCAACCCGCUAUCUUUUGGUGGUCGCUGCUUGGAGCAAACAUCCCACAGGACAGGGAAACCAUCGACGGGGGGACUUGUUCCAAAAGCUCUAGGGGUUGUUCAGCACAUCAGCCGACCACCCGAGAUCACAUUGUUCAGGCAGACCAGAAAGAAGACUACGUCCCCACUGUCUCAUUCGCAUACUCACCACGACUUCACUUCAUAAUAAUCUCUUAGACCGUGGGGGGGACAUUCUCGGGCAGGCAGACAGGCAGGUAGGCAGGCAAUCAAGCCCCUGGGCUUACCCUAGGGCAACCAAAGCAGCCAUGAGCUACAACCUUCCCAUCCGACAGUCCUCCUCUGCCUCGUCACAAAAUAAUGACUCCCGCUCCUUCACUUCUUCUUAUGCCUCCCCAUCUGCCGAGGCCAUCGGUGGUAGCCGGUCCCUCAGAGAACCGCUUCGAGAUUUCGCUCCCAUUGGCGAUCGUCUUAUAGUCGGCGUUGAUUUUGGUACUACGUUUUCUGGAGUUGCCGCUGUAUAUACCGGAACCCCUGACGAUGUAGAGAUCAUCAAGUCAUGGCCCGGCGGCAACGGCAUCACCUCGGACAAGGUACCCACCGAGAUCUCAUACGAAAUACCGGCCAACUCACCCGAGGGGACGCCGCCCAAGGUGAAAUGGGGUCUGCAGUUCCGCCCCGAGGAGUCGAGGCUGCGCUGCAUCAAGCUGUUCCUCGACCGGUCGCAGAAGCUGCCCUUCUACGUGAGCCCGCUCGAGACGGCGGCCCAGCUCAGGCGCUACAACAAGACGGUCGUCGACGCCGUCAGCGACUACCUCACGCAGAUCUACAAGCACACCCUCGACACCUUGACCCGCCGCUAUGGCGAGUCGUUCAUGGCCUCGACAAAGAUCGACUUUGUCCUAACCUGCCCGGCCGUGUGGUCCGAUGCCGCCAAGAACACCACGCUGCAGGCUGCCGAGAGAGCCGGCAUGGGCUCCAGGUCGCAGAUCCAGAUGAUCAGCGAGCCGGAGGCUGCUGCCGUCUACACGCUCAAGGCCAUACAGCCGAACCACCUUAACGUCGGCGACAACUUUAUAGUGUGUGAUGGUGGUGGUGGCACAGUAGAUCUUAUUGCGUAUAAAAUAAUAUCACUAAAGCCUCUCCGUGUCGAGGAGUCUGCCGUCGGAACCGGCGGUCUCUGUGGCAGUGCUUUCCUGAACUACAGGUUCGAAGAGCAUGUCAAGAACAGGCUCGGUGCAGGAAAGUUUGACGAGAUCAAGGUCAAGAAGAACAAGACAUGGCAGAUGGCGCUGAGGUACUUUGAGGACUUUGUGAAGCGCAACUUUAACGAGGAUGAGCACCAGGAGAUAAAUGUGCCAUUCCCUGGUCUUCCUGAUGACGAAGAGGCUCAGAUCGACUCGGGGUUUAUGGUUAUGACUGCAACGCAAAUCAAGGAGAUAUUUGAACCAGUUGUCAAGGAAGUGUGUGAUCUGGUCCAAGGUCAGGUGGAGGGACUGCGAGCCAAGGGUGGCAUCGUCUCAGGCAUCAUCCUCGUGGGUGGCUUUGGUCAGAGUGAUUAUCUCUACCGGCGACUCAAGUCGCACUUUACAAGCGCGGCCCCGCCACCCUACAGCGAGCGGCCGACGCACACGAGCGCAAACGAUCCAUACAUGGAACACGCCUCCAUCGAGGUCAUGCAGCCGCUGUACGCCUGGACGGCCGUCGUGCGUGGUGCCGUGUUGAGGGGCCUCGAGGGCAACAUGGUCAUCUCGCGCAAGGCGAGGUAUCACUACGGCACAUCAUAUGCCACCGUCUACGACGAGGAGAAGCAUUCCGUGACAGAAAGAUACUGGUCGCCGUUGUGGGAGCGGUGGAUGGUUUCUGACCGGAUGCAAUGGCACAUUGCCAAGGGGGAGGCAAUAUCGCCCAUGUCACCCAUAGCAUUCCACUACACGCGGAAUUUCAGACCCGGCCAGUCUCUGGUGGUGACUGACGAUUUGAUCGCCUGCGACGCCGACGAGCCGCCUGCUGCCUACACGCGGGAUCUGAUACAUACGUGCACAUUGACGACGAACCUGAAUGCGGUUCCGCGGAGCUUGUUCACCCGGCUCACAACAACCCGAGGAGUCGAGUUUGACAACCUCGACUUUACCCUCGAGAUGAUCGUCGACAGCGCAGGAUUGGGCUUCGAGCUCAAGGUGGAAGGCGUGAGAUAUGGCAGGGUCGAGGCCGAAUUUCAUUGAUUGCCAUGCUAUAUUGAUGCAUUGGAGUUGGGGUAUUUCUUUUCUCUUUCUAAGCUUGAUGAUUUAUUUUGCUGUCUUUUUUUGAUGACAACUUGCAGUCGGCAUUCUGUUUUCGGGUUCAGCGGAGCACAUUUUACAGAUAUUACGGAAAGGAUAAUAAAUCAUAUGAUUCUUUUAAAAACGAAAAUUC